AUGGGAGUCGAAGGUUGUACCAAAUGCAUCAAGUACAUGCUUUUCUUUUUCAACUUCAUCUUCUGGCUCGCCGGUGGGGUUGUCUUGGGUGUGGCCCUUUGGUUGAGACAUGAAAACAAGAUCAGCAGCCUGCUGGAGCUGGAGUUGGAUGGAACACAGGCCCCCAAUACCUUCUACAUCAGUGUCCACAUUCUGAUUGCAGUCGGUGCAGUGAUGAUGGUGGUCGGCUUCCUCGGGUGUUACGGCGCCAUUCAGGAGUCCCAGUGUCUGUUAGGAACAUUCUUUGCCUGCCUUGUGAUCCUGUUUGCCUGUGAAGUUGCUGCUGGAAUCUGGGGUUACAUGCACAAGGACACGGUCUCAAAGGAUAUGAUCACCUUCUACGACUCCGUAUACGACAAAGCCAUGACACCUACCUUGAGUGACCAGGAGUCGAAGAAGGCCGUUGGUCACGUGCUCAAGGUCUUCCACGAGACGCUAAACUGCUGUGGAAAGGGCACGGGGAGCUCAUUCUUCACACAGCUGACAGACAAGCUCGGCAUCAGCGACCUCUGCCCCAACCAGCAGUACUCCAUCAGCUGCCACAGCAGGAUCCAGGAGCUAUUCUCAGAUAAGAUUUACCUGAUUGGAAUAGCUGCCCUCAUCAUCGCAGUUAUUAUGCUCUUCGAGAUGAUUUUCAGCAUGGUUUUGUGCUGUGGGAUCCGCAACAGUCCGGUGUACUGAAGUGACCGAGUGCCAACUCAUUCGCCGAAGGACGAAGUGAUGACCACACACUCAGCGUCUCUCUUA